AGGGUCCCGGGCCUGAGCCCCGCGCCAUGGCCGGGGCCAUCGCUUCCCGCAUGAGCUUCAGCUCUCUCAAGAGGAAGCAACCCAAGACGUUCACCGUGAGGAUCGUCACCAUGGACGCCGAGAUGGAGUUCAAUUGCGAGAUGAAGUGGAAAGGGAAGGACCUCUUUGAUUUGGUGUGCCGGACUCUGGGGCUCCGAGAAACCUGGUUCUUUGGACUGCAGUACACAAUCAAGGACACAGUGGCCUGGCUCAAAAUGGACAAGAAGGUACUGGAUCAUGAUGUUUCAAAGGAAGAACCAGUCACCUUUCACUUCUUGGCCAAAUUUUAUCCUGAGAAUGCUGAAGAGGAGCUGGUUCAGGAGAUCACACAACAUUUAUUCUUCUUACAGGUAAAGAAGCAGAUUUUAGAUGAAAAGAUCUACUGCCCUCCUGAGGCUUCUGUGCUUCUGGCUUCUUAUGCCGUCCAGGCCAAGUAUGGUGACUACGACCCCAGUGUUCACAAGCGGGGAUUUUUGGCCCAAGAGGAAUUGCUUCCAAAAAGGGUAAUAAAUCUGUAUCAGAUGACUCCGGAAAUGUGGGAGGAGAGAAUUACUGCUUGGUACGCAGAGCACCGAGGCCGAGCCAGGGAUGAAGCUGAAAUGGAAUAUCUGAAGAUAGCUCAGGACCUGGAGAUGUACGGUGUGAACUACUUUGCAAUCCGGAAUAAAAAGGGCACAGAGCUGCUGCUUGGAGUGGAUGCCCUGGGGCUUCACAUUUAUGACCCUGAGAACAGACUGACCCCCAAGAUCUCCUUCCCGUGGAAUGAAAUCCGAAACAUCUCGUACAGUGACAAGGAGUUUACUAUUAAACCACUGGAUAAGAAAAUUGAUGUCUUCAAGUUUAACUCCUCAAAGCUUCGUGUCAAUAAGCUGAUUCUCCAGCUAUGUAUCGGGAACCAUGAUCUAUUUAUGAGGAGAAGGAAAGCCGAUUCUUUGGAAGUUCAGCAGAUGAAAGCCCAGGCCAGGGAGGAGAAGGCUAGAAAGCAGAUGGAGCGGCAGCGCCUCGCUCGAGAGAAGCAGAUGAGGGAGGAGGCUGAACGCACGAGGGAUGAGUUGGAGAGGAGGCUGCUGCAGAUGAAAGAAGAAGCAACAAUGGCCAACGAAGCACUGAUGCGGUCUGAGGAGACAGCUGACCUGUUGGCUGAAAAGGCCCAGAUCACCGAGGAGGAGGCAAAACUUCUGGCCCAGAAGGCCGCAGAGGCUGAGCAGGAAAUGCAGCGCAUCAAGGCCACAGCCAUUCGCACAGAGGAGGAGAAGCGCCUGAUGGAGCAGAAGGUGCUGGAAGCCGAGGUGCUGGCACUGAAGAUGGCUGAGGAGUCAGAGAGGAGGGCCAAAGAGGCAGAUCAGCUGAAGCAGGACCUGCAGGAAGCACGCGAGGCGGAGCGAAGAGCCAAGCAGAAGCUCCUGGAGAUUGCCACCAAGCCCACGUACCCGCCCAUGAACCCAAUUCCAGCACCGUUGCCUCCUGACAUACCAAGCUUCAACCUCAUUGGUGACAGCCUGUCUUUCGACUUCAAAGAUACUGACAUGAAGCGGCUUUCCAUGGAGAUAGAGAAAGAAAAAGUGGAAUACAUGGAAAAGAGCAAGCAUCUGCAGGAGCAGCUCAAUGAACUCAAGACAGAAAUCGAGGCCUUGAAACUGAAAGAGAGGGAGACAGCUCUGGAUAUUCUGCACAAUGAGAACUCCGACAGGGGUGGCAGCAGCAAGCACAAUACCAUUAAAAAGUCAAGCCCAAGGCAGAAGACCUAUCUGCAUUUGAGCCCUCAAAGUAGGUUGUUCCCAGGUACUCUCUAUGUGGUGAUGGUACUGCCCUCUGUGAUACUAACCCGUGCAUGAGCUUGCCUGUCUCUGUCCUCGGGCCACACUGAGCCCUUACGAGGGCAGGUGGUGCCUGGGUACUGGCCGCAGCAUGCUUUGAGUCUAAAAGCAGGCACCCACCUUGUGAAGCCAGACCAGCCUCCAGGGCCCCAGAAGACUGCCUCAUUCCGAAGAGCAUGUCAUGGGGCUGUAGGACCAGCCAUUCUUCCCAUCUCGUGUCAUUGUUGGACUGGGGAAGGUUAUGGCUUCUUGUCCAGUCAGGUGUGUCUAAAAGUCCUUUGUCUUGGUGGCAUACUCCUAGCAUGGAAAUGGGGUCAAUCUGGGCACUUUGGAGACUGGUGUGUUUAACUCAAGAUCAAGACCUUUUAUGCGGUGACAGCCUCUCGAGACCCAUGGUCACACCUGGCAGCUUCUGGUCGUGGGGCGAAAGGGUUGCUUGUGCUGGCUCAUUUUCCUUUAGAGCUUUCCCUUUCUGCACACAUCCCUUUUCUUUUCAAAUAAAGCAAACCCAGAGCACAGGGUCUGAUAUGUGAGUCCACGGGGAGUGGACUGUCUGUUCAUCUGUGCUCAGCCACCUCUGCUUCAGCUUCCUCUCCAUAGGCUGAGCAGAGAUGUGGUCAGAGUGAACUCACAUUGGAACAGUACACUCACGGCACCCUGGAGAGGAGCGGUCACUGGUUGCUGGGUGAAUUAACCGAAUGUUUGCUGCUUUUCUCCUGCAACAGUUCAUUAUUCCUCCAGCAUGCCUAGGCAGUGGAGAGAAUGUAUUUUGCCCAAUAAUAAAAUGACAUCCUGCCUGUACUUCUCACCUAAUCCCCAGUAGUACCCAUGCCAACAAGCCCCACACCACCUGACAGCAGCAUAGGAUGUGUCCUUUGGAGUCUUCCCUGCAGUUUCUGCUCACAGAGUAGAAUAAGCUCAUUGGAACCUUUCUAACAAAAAGAGAUCUGGCAUAAGAUAGAUCCUACUUGUGGUCGUUAUCCCAUCAAGAGAGGUCAGCUGUUAAAGUCCCUGAUAGAUCUUAUUAAAAGGUACACUUGAGCUGUCAGUGGUUCCAAGAAUCCAUGACAUGAACCCUGUUUUGUAUGCGACACUUUCAUUUAGCGGGCUCCUGUUUCUUCAGCUUUCAUACCCAUAUUGGCAUUGAUACCCUGAUACAGAACAGUCCGCGCUCUGAGCAGGGCAGUUAUGGCCAGCAUUGUCACGGGCAGGCCAGCUCAUGGCACCCAGAGCAGCCAGGUGGACCCACCUUGGUUUACUGAACUUUUUGUAACCAUGGGGGCAACCAGAAAACCCCGCUGCAUUUCAGCCAGUGCUGCCAGGUGUUCCCUCCAUGGGAAGGUGCUGCUCAACCUGAAUGUGACCUCCUCUUUCUUCUUUCUAUAAUGAUGCAGAAUGCUGAAAUUCUUCAGGGUCCUGAUUUUGACUGUCAUUUCUCACUGAGCUUUUACUGCAGACAAAAGAAGUUUCAUUUUUAGUUAAAUUUGCACUGCUCCUGGGACAUACAUGGAUGCAUUUAUUUAUUCAUCCAUUUUAAUGUCUCGAUGUGAACUUGUUUUUAAAGCAGGCUACCAGGCAGUUAAUCAAACACUCGGGUUAAUCAAGGGUUAAUAAAAGCAGGGACUUGAUGUUUAAUGGGACAGGCAUUCUCUCAGCAUCACUAGAUUAAAUAAUGCUGCACUAUUAAAUUUUGCUGCACAUGAAGUUCAGUGCAUGUUCCAUUUUCUAGACUUUGGCGGUGCCUGUGGUCAGUGACCGGGACUGAUCAGCAGCCACAUGCCUGCACUAGGGUGGCUCUGGGGUGGUGCAUGCUGCAGUCUGGCUGGCACAAGCCUAGCUGAAGAGAAGUACUGCUUUAGGCUUGGAUGUGGGGAUACCUAGAUGUCAAGGGCAGAACUCCAUCUAGAAUGCCUGGGGAUGAGAUGCAAAAGCUGAUAGUGAAUGGAACAGUUUCCAAUGUCCAAAAGCUUGCUAAUCUGGGAUCAAACCAGCCUGCGUUGAUGUUAGUUUUGCUUUGUUUUGAGACACGGUCUCCCUCUGUCACCCAGGCUAGUACAUUCUCGGCUCACUGCAACCUCCACCUCACAGGCUCAAAUGAUCCUCCUGCCUCAGCCUCCCAAGUAGCUGAGACUAGACGUACUAGCCACCACACUCAACUAAUUUUUGUAUUUUUUAUAGAGAUGGGGUUUCGCCAUGUUGCCCAGGCUGGUCUCGAACUCCUGAGCUCAACCAAUCUGCCUGCCUCUGCCUCCCAGAGUGCUGGGAUUAUAAAAGUGAGCCACUGUGCCUGGCCUGUUUUGUUUUUAAUAAGGUUUUUUGUUUGUUUUGUUUUGUUUGAGACAGGAUCUCACUCUGUCACCCACCUUGGUGACAGCCUCGACCUCCUGGGCUCAAGCGAUCCUCCCACGUCAGCCUCCCAAGUAGCUGGGACUACAGGCAUUUGCCACCAUGCUUGACUGAUUUUUUUAUUUUUAUUUUUGUAAAGAUGGGUUUCGCCAUGUUGUCCAGGCUGGUCUCGAACUCCUGAGCUCAAGUGAUCUUCCUGCCACAGCCUCCCAAAAUGCUGGGAUUACAGACAUGAGCCAUCUUGCCUGGCCAUUGUAUUUGUCCUCGUUUUCCGUACUCUUCUGCCUCACUGAGAGGUCUCAGAGUCUGCUGUGUGGUUUCAGCAGUACCCAUGGGGGCUGUGUAACAUUGAAGCUGAUUCAAGGAGUUUGCCCUUAGGUUACCAGGGGUUACCGCAUUCCCUGAGGAAUGCUGAGUGGCCAUCCAGUCUGAUUAACCGAGGUUCCUACUUCUCUGCCACUUCCUUUCUCUAUAAUUCUUACUCGCUCUCUCUUUUUUCUUUUUUUUUUUAUAAUACUUUAAGUUCUAGGGUACAUGUGCACAACGUGCAGGUUUGUUACAUAUGCAUACAUGCAGCUGUAAGAAAGGAUGAAUUCUUACUCUCUCGAGGCACAGUGUCCUCACCUGCAAAAGGUGGAUAAAAAUAGUCUUUGCCCCCAGGAGUGUUGUGAGGAAUAAAUGAGAGAAUGUGCAUGCAACACUCAGUGCACAGUCAGAGCUCAGUAAGGGGUUAAAACUCUGAAAAGGGAAAAUCUGCUUGUGAUCCUGCAGCAAAGGGCGAAGGACGGCAUGUGGGCCACACUGCCACAUCUAGGUACACUGCUUGUGCUGGGCAUAUUCAUUCAUUGUAUUAAUUGCUACGUGGCUGAAAGUAAAAACUUUUAAAAAGCCAUAAUUGGCCGGGCACAGUGGCUCAUGCCUAUAAUCCCAGCACGUUGGGAGGCCAAGGCAGGUGAAUCACCUGAGGUCAGGAGUUCGAGACCAGCCUGACCAACAUGGAGAAACCCCGUCUCUACCAAAAAUACAAAAUUUGCCAGGUGUGGUGGCGCAUGCCUGUAAACCCAGCUACUUGGGAGGCUGAGGCAGGAGAAUUGCUUGAACCUGGGAGGUGGGGGUUGCGGUGAGCCAAGAUCGUGCCAUUGCACUCCAGCCUGGGCAACAAGAGCAAGAUUCCAUCUCAUAAAUAAAUAAAUAAAUAGCCAUAAUUAACUUCACUGUUUCCUUGUAAUAUUUCACUUGGGUUUGCAAGGAUGUAUUUUUUUCCUCUUGCUAAUCUUAACUUCCUGUAUUUCCAUUUUUCCCAAUCGAUGAUCAGUACAACUAGUUUGCCAUUUGCAUCUGAGUCAGAGCAGUGCUAGCUAUCAAAAGCCGCCCUGGGGAACCUGGAAUUGUUUCAUUCUCAGCGGGAGCGACACGUGUCCUGGCAUCUGAGCCUUCCGGGUGAGGGGAGUGAGUCUGGCCGUCAGGCUGGGGUUGAGGGACACAGGGUGCCUUGAGCCUGGCUUUCGUGCCUUCAGAGCCACAGUGCCAAUGAUGGGAGUGGUGGCUUGGUGUGGCGUAACUGUACCACCAUACCUUGAUGGUAGAAUGCAGUCCUGGAAUAUAUACAUUCAGGGUCUUUCUUUCAUCGCUUCUCAAGAGAGGGGUUUCAGUCUCCCGAUCCUGAGCUGGUCUGAGUGCCAGCAAACAAAGUCAUCACUUUUGUGCCUGUGGUCUCCCAAGGAGCACAGGAUUUCCAAGGAAAUUGACAGAUGAGAAAUCAUGGGGGUGGUGGAGCUUAGAAAGCUUAUUUCAUUAGUAAAUGGUUUGAACCGUCAAGGUCCAGCUGUGGUUUCCACUGAUGGAGGAACAGGAAGAAGAGGAGCCUUGACAUUUAUCUCAAGCGCCAGCAGCUUCUCUUGGAUCAGGAAGACAUAAAAGUCCAAUGUCAUCUUCAAUUUGUGCGGGCUCCCCUUGGAGUUGCAGAGCCGGUGAAGUGAAGUAGAACAGUUAAAAAAACACCCGGGGAAGUGAUAAAUCACAGAGAGAGAUUGCAUAUGCGGGAAAGGUGUCUCCCACAAUUAAAACAAGUGGCCAGAGCCUCCCUGGCGACCUCUGGUCUGCAUUGCCAGCCCUGAAGAUGGCUCCUAAAUUACUUAAGUUUAAUAGGUAGUUAAUAUAGCCAACCCUCCUUAUGACCCCAGUGGGCUGAAUGGCUCUGCUUGCUUUAGGAACUGGGCGUUGUAUGGUAGAGCAUCUUGGCCUUGACAUAAAAGGUAGCAUACUGGCUCCCCAGCCCUGAACCUUCCCUGCUGGAGCAAGGCAGGGGUGAGAGGGGGAAGGAAAGAAAAAGGAGUGGGGAGUGGGGUGGGGAGCAAGGAUUAACAGCGGUAGCAGCACCAGAUGUGGGCAUAGCACACUGGGAAGAAAUUGCAGUGGCGAUCUGAACUCUUCCUCUCCGCUUCCUGGCUCUGUGGAAGCCCAGGGAAGGCAUUAGGAACUGCAGGCUGCUCUUAGUGCUCCUCCCGGAUGGGACACCUUGGGCUCAUCCCUGAAGGCCACUCCUACCACUCUCACACACUGAGUUCCUGGUGUCUCGUAACUGUUGAGAGCUUAGUUUUCUUGCUUGUUUCUGGUAGCUCUAGAUAGAAGACUGUAUCGGCCUCUUCUAAAAGUCAACAAGCCAAUCCUGUUUUUGGUUAAGAGACUUUACCCGGUCAAGCAGUUGUUCUUUGGGAGGUGUUGAAGAGCCUACAAACCUGCCUUGCCUGCCUAGGUAUUUUACGACCAUUUGGAGAUGCCUGAGGAUAUUACCAGGCCUUAUUUGAGGCAGUAAAACACCCCGUUCGGCCCCUCAGCACUGAAGAUGUGUUUCAGUGCAGCUCUCCUCGGCACCGGAUUCGGAUUCGUUGCUGCAACAGUGGGAGGGAAGAGCCAGAUGCAAACUCGUUCUGCGAGCCCGAGGUUCUGUUCUCAUGAUCCUUGCUGUGAUUUCUCUUUUGAUGUUGGCAAUUUUAAAAUGACAUCAGUCUAUCUGGACCUUUUUCCUAAGGCUCUUGCUCAGACCACUCAGUAGAUAGCCGCCACCUGCCCAGUGAGGUGAAUCAGGCCCAUUAGGCUAUUUGUCAGGGGAAGGAACAGAGGAGCAGCGGAGGGCCCUGCUGGCCAGUGCCACAGGGCAGCCUGUAAAGCAGGUAGACAGGUUUUCAGGCAGCUUUUGCUGCUUUGGGUCCCUCAGGGAUUAAUACACAAAAAGGGCCCCUUGGGUAUUCAGUGGCAGAUUUCUCUUGAGAGCAGAUAAAGUCGCUAAUACCAAAUUGGAUUUGUUCAUUGGGGUGGACUUGGCCUUUCGUUCCACCUCUGUGUAGGAUAAGUGUGUGGAUAGUGCUCCCACUGUGCACAUCACCAUAUGGCAUUUGGGUGCAGCUGUCCCUAGCCAGACUGCAGAAAAGCUUGAUCUGGGCCGGACGCGGUGGCUUAUGCCUGUAAUCCCAGCACUUUGGGAGGCCGAGGCGGGCGGAUCACGAAGUCAAGAGACUGAGACCAUCCUGGCCAACAUGGUGAAACCCUGUCUCUACUAAAAAUACAAAAAUUAGCUGGGCGUGGUGGCAGGCGCCUGUAGUUCCAGCUACUCAGGAGGCUGAGGCAGGAGAAUCGCUUAAACCCAGGAGGCAGAGGCUGCAGUGAGCGGAGAUCGCGCCACUGCAGUUCAGCCUGGCAACGGAGUGAGACUCCGUCUCAAAAAAAAAAAAAAAAAAAAAAAAGAGAAAGAAAAGAAAAGCUUGAUCUGGCCACUUAGUACAGCCAUCCCCCUUCACUGGCCCUUCCUCUUUGCUCAUUUGGAAGGGGGAAGGUUUCCCACACCCCAAACCAAAGAUUCUUUUGGAAUUUGCUGCUGCUGGAUUCAGCUGUCACCUUUCUGCUCCGAGUCUGCUUUCUCCCUGUGGAUCCGGUGCCAGAGGAUCUGCACGUCCUUUUGUGUCUACACCCUCUCCCGCUCCUUCAUUUUCAAUAUGUAGUAGUGGAGAGGAAGUGUAACAUGAUUUUAGGGCUCACAUUUCAAUUCCACUGCAUUUUUAUGGGACAAGCAGAGACCCAGCGCCUGGAGUUAUUAGGUUAGUAUCUACAGUGGGUUCAGUACUGUGAGUCUUAUUGUUUAAAAUGAAUGAGAUGGUCCCCUCCUACCUUCUUUUCUCCUCCCCUAUGAUGAGUGGAUUGAGGCAAGGCCCCCAGAGACGAGUUGAAGGAAUCCUGGUGCUCUGAUUAGUUUUGUUCCCCAGCUUAAUUGUACAGCUUCCUUUCUCUCACCACUGAUAGCCAAAGUAGCUCUGUGUCUCCCCCAACCUUCCCUUGCUUUAGGAGCAAGAUGAUCACAAUGCAGCCUUGUGAAUCAAUUUUCUCUCUGUGCUGAUGAAAGUGUAAUUCAUUCUUAAUCAAGCAGCCUUGCUGCUGCAGGCUCCGUGCCGGAAUACAUUUAGUUACCCUCCCAUCACUUUGGGAAACGAUCCCCCAAAAGGGCUUUUAGAGGAGAGCUGGAAGGAGAGUUGGCCGUGCACCUCAUGCUAUGAUUUUCCAGCAGGGGGCACUCUCAGGAACGAUGCUGGUGGAGGCUUUGUAGCUGGAAGCCGUCUGCUGCUGGCAGGGCAGCAGGAGAAUGUUUGUCACAGGUGCCUUCCAGGCUUGCUUUCUCCAGCCCCUGGGGCCAUUUCUCAGAAGUACCUUAAUGGCCACCCAAAAUCCUCAGGUAGCAGUGAGGAGGAACAGUUGAAGAUGCAGAUUGCAUGCCUGGGUUAGAGAGUGCCGGCUGGGUACCAGGUUCUUUUAGCCAGCCUCCUCUGUCUUUUUAAGUAGACAGAUGUGUCUCCUGAAUCUGAACUUGUUUAGAUUGGGUGGAUGUGUCUGUUUUUGUCACACCACACACAAUUUGGGGAGCGUAAGGAGGCCCAGCUCUGCCAGAAUGGAACUCUCCUAAGUUCUCCCCUGCCGUCUCACAGCCUGCUGGCUGUCACAAACAGCUGGCAGUUUUAUGGACAAGUGGGCAGGGGAAAAGGGACUCUGCUGGGGCUGAGUCUCGAUGUUGGGCAGGAAGUAAAAGCCAGGACCCAACAAGUGGAUCAGAGGGGGGAUGUGAAGAUGAACAGUCAGAUAGCAAUAAAGCCUCAUAGAUCUGCCCCAGAGAAAGAAAAGGAAGUUCAUCUCCUCAGAAUGGAAUUGGAUUAGUGACAGACUUGAGCAGCCGGUUCAGUCGAGAGAGAACUUAAUUCCUCCUGUGUUAUUCACACGGCUGAUUCUAAUCAGAUGUGAAGAGACAGCUGGAGGAGAGCAGCGGGUCAGCCCAUGCCUGGUGCGGAGGCUUCAUGUUCUUGUAGGCAUCUUCAGGGAACUGGCAGGAGCGCUUUGGGUUGGAGACUCUGAGCAGGGCCCUUGGGUUUAUAGCCUGCCCAAGGAACUGGGCCUGGCUGCGGGACUCCCAUGGUUGGACCUUGUCUAGAUUCAGUGAAAGUUUUGAAGGACAGUGCAUGGCAGACGUCACUGGUCACGUUCACCAGAGCUUGGCUCACUUGUCUUCAGAAGGAUUCAAAGGCAGUUGACCAGACUUGGCAAGUCCCAGACUGGUGCAGCCACUAUCCUCGAGACCCUGGUUGUACACCCUGAGGUGCUUCUGCUUCAUUACCUGCUGAAAUUUGGAGACCUCUUCUUCCUGGAUAACCUUCAAGAUACUCAUUGUGCAUGCGAGGAAUUCCCCGCCCUCCUGGGGGGACUCCACUCCCCAGACAGGCAAGGUUGGGCAAGGGGAGGGCUGUUGCUGGAUUGCCAAAGGGAGCACGGACAUUUUUGUUUGGAAUUCAGGGUGGGAAUGGGACUCACCAGAGUGGCUUCAGUGCUCAACUCACAGUGCAACAUAGGACAAGGCGAAGGCCUUCUUGGGAGGCCUCUUCUGGCUCUAGCAAGCAGGUGUUGCUGGGCAGUGUAGAGGGACCCAGGCCGGUCGCUGAGCAGGAAGAUGUACCUAACACUGGUAGGCCUGCACACCUUAGGGUAUGAGAGCAUCGCAGGGGAACCAGGAAACUUGUUAGCUGGUUUUCAUGUGUUUAAAAAGAAGACUCGGAGGCAGAGUUUAUUUUAUGAAGGGCUAGCUUUUUGCCAUUUCUUCUGAGCUUUUGCCUUUUCCUUUAUGAAUACUUCCUGCCUAUGGGUGUACUGUAAAUGUGACAGCCAGUGAGCUUUCUAGAAGCAGCAGAUGGUGAAAGAUCCACAGGUGAGGAGCCUGCCCACUGGAGGGGCGAGACAGUGCCCAGGCAGGGCGUGCAGGUGGCAGAGCUGUUUGCAUGCCCCGUGGGGUGGCUUCCCAAGCUCUCUGUAGAAAAACUGCCUGAGGGCAAAUGGCUCCACUGAGCUGCUACCUGCAGGAAAGAAGCUCAAGGGCUCUCCUCGUCUCACUGCCUGCCUUCCUCACCUGCUGGGAGGAGGGCAUUGUGGUGUCUGAGAUAAAGGAUACCCCCAAGGUGGAAGCAGAGCCAUGGGGAUGGCUGGGAGGGCCACUCCAGCAGCAGGGAGGAGCAUUGUGCAGUAAAUUCUGACUCCGGGGCUCCUGUGGGGAUUGGAACCCAUAGGAAUUGCACAAUGAGGGUAAAGGAUGGGGCGGCAGCAGCCAGGUCUGUCUAAGGGGCAAGCAGCAGUGGCCGAAGGCUCCCAGGGCCCUCGGGCAGCAGCCCUUGCUGACCAGUGCAGCCAGGUCGUGGCUGCCUCCAGCUGGUUGGUCUGCCUUUCCCUCUGACUGCCUCAGUGCCUUCUGGAGGACUGUGGCUCUCUCUCCUGCCCAGUGGCUGUGGUGCUUUCCUACUUCUAUGUGGGCAGACUGAUUUCCCUCUCUACCUUUACUUGUGGCUGAGGCGAAGCUCCUGCUCUUGCAAGAUAAGAAGUGGGGCUGAGGCGCUGCAGUGCAGCUGGGGUGGGGCUCAGGAAGCACCCCGCCCACCCCAGAGCACUCUGCAUCCUAAUAAGCACAUGCUCGAGUCACUGGAAUCUGGUGCUGCUGGCACUGCCAGAACCCUCCCCUAGCACCUCGAGGGGACAGCCAGCAUGCUCCUUGGGUGGAGGAUCCAGGAAUUCUUGGAGCCAACAUUGCACAAAUGGGCAGGAGCCUCUCAAGGCCCCCACAGCCUGGGCUCCCUGCCUGGGGAAGUGGCCAGGCUUCAUGGGGGCAUCACUUGGCCCGCCUGGUAGGCAUGGAGGCCAGUGCCAUACGUGACCUUGCUGUUGCCUGCACCCCUUCCUAACGAGCACCCUGCUCCCCGCUGGAAGGAGAGGAGCCAGGGCUCCUCCCUCCCCAGGGAGGGGAGAAACGUGAUGUUGCUAUUAGCAAUAACAGCUGCCGAGUUCCCACCAUGCGCCAGGUGCAGUGUUGAGUGCAUCACACGUGGUUCCCAAUUCCUCUGCCUGUCACCCCACGAGGAAGGGGCUGCCAUCACGCCCGCUUCACGGUGAGGAACUGAGGCUAGAGGGGAGCAAGUGACCUGCCCAGGGCCACACAGCUGGUCAGUGGCCCAGCUGGGCCUUGCACCAGGCAGCUGACUGUGCCUGUAUCUGACUCAAAGUGUCUGUUCUUUUCAGAAACCUGAGCGGAGAUACUGGGCUCACAUGCUUUCAUUUAAACCCUCUCCCAUUUUUGCCCCAGUAGUUAUCUGGCAGCUAAAUCUCUUCCUCCUUUCUUCCCCAGUGACCAUUCUGGUUCCCAUCAUCACAGGGCACAUAACUCCUGGCCCUUCUCCUCUGAUUACAUUUAGGGAGAAGCCCAUCCUGACGCAGCUCCCUUCUAGAGGGAGUUCCAUUUAGGCAAAAAAGCGCUCUCCAUUCCCAUCAGAACCGGGCUUUCCAAAGGGCUCUGAAAUUGGUUCCACUGAAGAAAGCAGCUGAGCUGCCUCCCCACAUUCCGCUUGUUAGUCGGGAACUUCAAGGCCAAAAGAUUUGGCAGGAUUUAAAGAGUUGCUCUCAAGCUGUCUCAUCCUGAGCACACUAAUGCUGUCUGUCUUGUGAUGGUGAAGUGGUGGGUUUGGAGUCUCCCUCCCCUGCCCUUUAUGGAGCCGCCGAUAGUACUGAGGACUCUUCACAUGCAGACUCGAGGGGUCCAGAGAAUGGGCCAGACCAUCUUGCCUGCCCCAUGGCAACCUCCAGAAGAAAGAGGCUCAGAGAGGUCAGGGGUGUCUGCAGUGAGCUGCUGAUGGCAGAGAGUGAGCUCUCGGACCUUCUCAGCCCCGUGUGGAGCUCUUGCCUCUCCCGCGAACCUCAGUUUAGUUAUCAUCAUAGCCCACGUCCUGGUCACUUAACAAACAUUGAGCUCCUGAUCGGCACAUAGCACUAAGCCAGAUGUUUGGGGGAUAUGAAGAUGAAUGGUACAGACUCCCUCCCCUCCACCCCCGCACUCCUGUGGGAAGUCCCGGAGCUGGAAAUGGAACACAGUCACACCCAAGGCAUUGAUUUCAGGAGUCAGCAGAGAGCAGGGAGUAGGGAGAGUGCUGGCUCCAGAUGCUUCUAUCCAGGGAGAUGCUGGGAAGUGGUCCAGAGUCAAGGGCUUAGGAGGUUGCAAACCUCACCAUGCCAAGAGCUCGGUCCCUGAUCCACCCCAUCCCCUUGCACAUCUCCCUGACUGUCCUUCUUUACAUUUGCUGGGCAGAGUGCCACCUGUGUGCACCAGCCCUCCCUGCCUGCACCAGCCACCCUGAGAAAGCCGUUGCCUCCAGCUCAUGGAGAGAAACACCUUCUCAGCUGCCACGUCAUGAGCAAGUUUGCUUCGGGACCACCUGGGAAACCAGGAGUAGAAGGGGUAAACUCUUCCUCAUCUGCCACAGGCCUGCCUUGCCUCAGGCCACGUCACCUUACCCCAGCCAUGUUGCCAGGGCAUGAGGACUAAGAUGCUUGCCCUGCCAAGCCCGGAGGGGAUGAGCAGCCUCAGCUGGUGCCGCCACAGACAGCACACCACAGAGGUGGCUCAGGGACCUUGGUAGAUGGGAAUGUGAGAAUCUAUUAAAAUAGGCAGGGAUCUCCGGUCCUCUGUCAAGAGGCAAUGCUGACGGCUUUUUCCUGCUGGUGUGCCUCUGCCCACCAGCCUUCCCCUUGCACAUCCUUAUUUGUCACCUCCUAAUUUGAAUUAUUGGGCAAAUCUGGCCGCUUAUUUGGGACUGACAGCCAACUUCUUGAGCAUCUAUUUGAACAGCCUUCCCUUUCGCUCCCAGCCACCUUUGAGGUGAGUCCAAGUGGCAGGACAGGACCCUGUAUGACAGAGCGGAGGUCUUGUGCCCUCUCAGCUUCUUCUCUGCUU